AUGGGUGAUCAGUUGAAUACGACUUACAGUUUGGAUGAAGAUUCCAGGGUGUUUGAUGAUAAAGAACUUCCUGAGACCCCCGUGAAAAUGGAGAGCGCUGGCAUCAAUAGAAGAUCGUUACGCCCGAGGCCCACUCCCAAAAUACCGAAUUCAAUCCUUGCAUGUACUACUCAAUUAUGUAAAUCUCCAGUACGAUCUUCAAAUACGCGUAAACGGCGAAACGUAUGUUGUACCAUUAAAGUCUUUCUUUCAAAAGCCGCUACUACGAACGCACCGAAGAAUUCUGUUACACGAAACAUUCCUAUGAUUACAACUCCGUGGACUGGUAUGACACCGCAAAUGGUAAAACAGAGGGGUGGAUCUCGGACCGCCAAAAAGUCUGACAUUCAAGUUCCUGAAAGCACCAAAACCCGUGCAUCAUCCGCUCUUUCAAAGAUAAAUGAAUAUGUCCCAAGAACGCCAACUAAGAUUGAAGUGAUGUCUCCUAGGCAGUGGGCAUUGAAAACUUCAUUAAGGAAUUCGGCAGUUCGAACCCAUUCAUACGGAAGCUUGCCGCCGAAAAAUAUGUUUGUUCCCAUUAAGCCUGUUCCUAAACUCGAUUUUGACGACGAUGACAACGUAAAUCCAACGUCAAUAAUGGUAUGCCAUUCUUUGUUUGAA